UCAUUUCCGUAACAAACAACUUAAAUAUCGUCGAGGAUGUUAGAACUGUAAUAUCUAUAGUAUAGUAUAGUUAUAAACUGCAUGCACGUUUAGUAUUGGAUUUUGCAAAAACAACUAUGACAUUCGUUAUCCUACUAUGUCUGGCGUAGAAAGAAGGCAGACAAGUCGUUCUAGAGACGUCAGCUCAAGGAGAGUAGGAAUAUAUGUAGACUAUACAGAAGACACCAGUAAACGCUCAGGUAUUUACGUCGAGACAGGAAAAGAUUACCAAAGCGUUCCGAAUAUGGAAGAAACGGAAGACGAGCGCGCGCCGUUGUUGCGCCAAAAAGAACGUGUGGAGCGCCAGAUAAUCUCCGAAAUAAACCGCGUUGAAGCCAAGGUGGACGAUCUGUUGCCACACGCUGAAAACCUCUCUGCAGCAACUGAUCAUUAUUUUGGCGAAGAUGGAAAAGUAUCACGGAAGAAGCGGCCCUGCUGGAAACGUCUUUGUUGUUGUUGUUGUGGAGAAUGAACAAAUCAUGUGUGUACCUAGUUCCGCUCGUGCAUAUCAAGAGGAAAUGGAGUAAUGCACGUGUUAAUCAAAAUGAAACAGGUGUCUUUGUUUAAGCACAUGAUGGAAUUUUUGAUGUGGUUUUACAAGCUAGGACCGACAGAGUAGAAAUGCAUAUUCUAUGACUUAGGAUUUACAUUCUUGAAACCAUUUAACUGUCACAUUGUAUCUUGGAAACCCUUUCCGAUUUUGAUUGGUGUUUUCGGUUUGGAUCGGAUACAAAAAAAAUACUGAUUGUCUAUCAUUGAAGGUGAUUCAUACCCAACGAGAGACUUAUUAAAUACACUUUGUUUCCUGAAGAAACAUCAAGGACACACUAAAGAGUGAGGGGGCGACUUGCUUUAACAUGGUUUUCUUGAAAAUUUCAAAAGAAAAAUUAUAAUAUGUAACAUACCAAAAUGAAGUGGAAAAUUUAAGCUAUACCAUAGUACUAGACAAUAUAUCAAAUUUAGUUCAAUGGAGACGUUUUCAUUUUCUUAAAUGUAAAAAUGUAUGAAAAAUGUAAGUACAGAAAGGAAUAUAAUUCCAAAAUAAUUCAA